AUGAGCUACCCAACUCCUCAAACCACACAGAUUGAGAAUCCUCGAUUGAGGCUUCUCAACAAACUCAAGGCCGGAGAAUAUCCCCUUCUCACAUUCAAGGCAAUUCCCUCAGUGCGCAUGGCUCAGAUAGUUGCUCUGACUGGCCUGGACGGAAUUAUCAUCGACGCUGAGCAUGGCCACAUUGGAGAUGACGCGAUGCAUAACUCUGUCGCGGCCAUUGCUUCACUCGGAGUCUCUCCUAUAAUUCGAAUCCGAGGCCCCGCUCACGAUAUUAUCAAGCGUGCUCUCGACACCGGUGCUCAUGGUAUCAUGGUCCCACAGAUCAACAACGCUGAGGAGGCUCAGCAAAUUGUUGCCUCUAGCAAGUUCCCUCCCCAGGGUGUCCGUGGACAGGGGUCGGCCUUCCCUGCAAUUGCUCAUGGCCUCACUACUCCGGAGUACAUGAAGUCUGCCAAUGAGACAAUUGUGACAAUGAUUCAGAUCGAGACGCGCGCUGGUGUGGAGAACGUCGACGCUAUUUGUGCCGUGCCAGGCGUCGAUCUUGUGUUUAUUGGACCCAAUGAUUUGGCUCAAUCCCUCCUGGGAUACACUCCUGCCCGCGGCGAUGAGCCGGAGUUUCUCUCUGCCAUUGACAAAAUCAUUGCUGCGGCACGAAAGCACGGAAAGUGGGCUGGUCGCAUGGUGAAUAACGGGACGAUGGCGAAGGAAGCCAGGGAGCGAUACGACAUGGUGGCUAUUACCGGAGAUACCAAGGCAAUUCAAAACUGGUACAUCGCAGAGUUGGAUAUUGCUCGUUCAUGA